UUCUUCUUUUCUUUUCUUUCUCUUUGUGUCCCUGUCGAGCGUGUCCUGCGAAAAGACCACACCCAUCAACUUCAUCCAUUGUAGCCAUGUGGAAGACCACGCUCCCAGCGCUGCUGGCUUUUUUCAGCAUCGGCCACGCAGCGACAACCACUAAAUCCACCACCACCACCGCCUCCACCACAUCCAGUUCCUGGUUUAUGGGAUGGUAUAUUGGCAAUUCAUUUACCGAGGAAAUGACGGCGACGCUCCCCUGGGUGACCUCGGGAUCUUACGCCGGCGAAUGUACAACCACCGACGCUAGCAAAUGUGUGUUGCCCACUGCAUGUAGCAACAACAUCCUCACUUACAAUGACGGUGAGACGUUUUCUUGCGGAACCGCCUAUUCCUGCGUAACGUUUACCAUCUUCGAGACGUCUCCCAACGGCCUUCCAUCAGCGAGUAGCGUGGGCUGCUGGGAAAACUGGAGCGCCUGGACCAUUUACCGCACCAUUGAGGCCUCAACAACCAGCACAUCCACUACUACAACUACUACAACUACAACUACAACCACAGCGACCACCGCAACAAGAACUACCGACUCUAGCACAACCACCGCAACCAACGCCGCCGAAACAGCAAACAGCGAUAGCAACAAGGGGUCCUCCUCAUCAGGCAGCCGGGCCUGGAUCGCCGGAGCCGUGAUCGGCCCUGUCGCCGGCGCCGCCAUCAUCGCAGCCGCAGCAUUAUUCUUUAUUCGCCGCAGGAACAAACCCGAGUACGCUACCGCCGCGACCACCUCCCAGCCGCACACGCCGCAGGACGGAUCGUACUUUGGGCCUCCCGGCGCGAAGCCCUAUGUCGCCGGACCAUCGGAGCUCGCAGAAUCGGACUAUAAAGGGUAUGCGCCUGUGUCGGCCAGUAUACCUGUUUCUGAGAUGCCGGCUGGAGAGCAGAAUGUGCGUCCAGUGCCGCAGCAGCACGAGGCUUAUGAGUUGCCUUCUUAAGUAGAUAGGUAGGUACCGGGAGAGGGGGGGGGGUGUUUGUGGAGAGAGAAGAAA